GCCGAAGCUCUUCCUAACGCGUUACCGGCGACGUCCGGCAGUCAGUGGAAGUCAGUGGCAGUCAGCGGUAGACAACGGCAGGGUGCGGACGUGUACGGAACGUCGAGAUCGGACGAAUCCGCGGUUACCGGGAGACGGGAGGCUGUCACCAUCCGAUGGCGCUUCGCGUUGGAGCCAGUAAACGUUCUCCUUGCACGUACCGCCGGCUUGUUCCAUUCUCAGCUCGGUUCGCUGGAAAGCCUCGAGAGGAGAUGCGGCGGCCGGUCCCGUGAGGGGCCGAAGGGAUGCCUCCGGGGGCCGCCCUCCUCGGGCUGGCCGUCGGCCUCUGGUGCGUCCUGGGCGCGCGGCCCAGGGGGAUCUCGGAGCUGCAGGCCGCGCUGGAGUCGCCGCUGCUGGGCCGUUGCGACUUCGAGGAGACCUGCGACUGGCGCUGGAACCGCACCGGGCCCGGCUUCGUCCGCGUCCCGGCGAGCUCCGCGGGUCGGCGCGGACCCGCCUUCGACGCCGCCGGCCUGGAGCACGGACACUUUCUGCGGCUGGUCGGCAGGGGCGAGGGCCAGAUCUGGUCGGGCCCGAUCCCUCGCACCGGCACGCGCUGCCUCCUGGAGCUGGCCCUGCACCAGGUGGAGAUGAGGAACGGCGCCGUCCGCCUCGUCAUCGAGACGAGCAACCGCACGAGCUGGGUCGCCGCGGAGCGAUCGGGCAACGACCGCGCGACGUGGGAGGUGACCCGCUUCAACUUGGGCGCCAUCAGUCAGCCGUACCGGCUGGUCUUCGAGGUCGUCGCCCCCUUCGCCAACUCCAGCCUGGCCGUCGACGACAUUCGCCUGGUGGACUGUUUCCCAGAGUCGACGCCCGUCGGAGCCGUCUGCACGGACGACGCGUUCCGCUGCAACAACGGAUCCUGUCUGAACAAGACCCGAGUCUGCGACCUGACCGCCGACUGCGAAGACGGGGAGGACGAGGUCGCGGACUGUGAGAAGAUGCCGGAAACCGCGCGGUGCAACUUCGAGAGCGGAUGGUGCGGGUGGACCAACGUCCCGGACAGGCCGCUCAACUGGACGCUGCAUCGCGGACCCACGCCGACGGAGAGGACGGGCCCGAGCUACGACCACACUUUUCGGAACCGCACCGGGACUUACGCCUUCGUCGACAUGUCCAAGCGGGCCGACUACGGGAGUCGCGGGACCAUCGAGAGUCCCCUCUUCAACCCUACCCCACCCUACAGCGGCGACCCUACGAAUCCGUACUUCCAGUCUUGCCAGGUCCGAUUUUUCUACCAUCAGUACGGGACGCACAGUGGAUCCCUCGGAUUGUACGUGGUCCAGGUAAAGCCGCAUCAGAAUCAGUUGGACAGGCUGUGGUGGACUUACGGCGAUAGACACGACAUUUGGUACAACCAGGCAGUUCCUCUCCCGGACAUACGGCACAGGUACUUCUUGCAGUUCGAGGCGAGCAAGGGGUACACCUCCAAGAGCGACGUGGCCAUCGAUGACUUUUCUCUGAGCCCUGAGUGUUUUGGCAUCGGUGUUCCCCCGGAAAUCGUGGGAGAUUUCAACUACUACAAUCCCGUAAUCGAGCGGGAACACGAGUCGAAGCAGCAUGCCGACUUCGUCAAUGAAACGGUCGUGAGGAUCACUACGUGCGGUGCUCGCGGGAGGAUGGGUCCUACCGGGGACAAGUGCAACGAGAGACACAACGGCACCGACGUGGAGCUCUUGACGUCCAUGUCGGCCCCCUCGGGGUCUUCGUCUUCGAACGAAGACGCCGCGGUCCUGAGUCUGAAGGGGAUCCAAAGGUGGACCGCCCCGCGCGGCGGAUAUUAUACAUUGAUCGGGAUGGGAGCACACGGCGGAAGGGGCUCCGGCGGGAUGGGAAGUACGUUAGGUGCCACGGUGCGAGGCGUCAUCGAAUUGGAGAAAGGACAACAACUCUACUUCAUGAUAGGGCAGCCUGGAACGGAUGCAUGUCCGAAAAGUCUGGGACUACAGACUCACUUUUGCCAGCGUCCAAGUAAAGCUGGCUUUCAGAACUCGAGAAUUACGUCCAUAGUGCGGGAGGUGAAGAAAAUCAAGUUAAAAGACGGCGGAGGUGGUGGUGGCGGAGCCACUUACGUUUUCCAGGUGAAGCCAAACGGGGAGCAAGAACCGCUGCUGAUAGCAGCCGGCGGAGGAGGUCUGGGACUGGGUCAGUUCGUCGACGACGGAAUCCAGCACGGUCGAGGUGCCCCUCCAGGGAGAAGCCCAGGGUCCGGUAUUGCCUUCAAAACCGAGAGCGGUAACGUCGGCGGCGGCGGCGGAGGCUGGAUCGGCGAUGCGGCCACAAAUACCUCGGCCGCCGAGGCGUCGAAGGGCAUGCCCCUGGUCCUGGGCGGACAAGGUGGAGUUGGAUGCGGAGACCUGGCCAAUUCAAGUGGCGGCCACGGAGACGGUGGCUUUGGCGGUGGUGGUGGAGGCUGUCUCACCGGGGGAGGCGGCGGCGGUUACAUCGGAGGGAGCACGGGCUACCGAGAGUCGGGGAACGGAGAGGGCGGCUACUCGUACGCCAGUCCGGAGCUCCUGCACGUCGCCUUCCUGCCAGGGACGAACCAGGGUCCAGGCGAGGCCCUCGUCGUUCCGGCCAUCAGCGGAUGCGGAUGCGACUUCCGGUGCGCAGUUAUGGACCGACACCUUGGCCACACCAGGUGUCUGUGCCCUCCGGGCUGGCGACUGGGCAACGAUUCGCGCUCUUGUCUGAUGGCCGACGAAUCGGACGUCGCUCAUCGGACGUUUAUGAUCCUGCUCGUGGCAGUGAGCAUCGGCCUAUUGUUCGCCUUCUCUGGACUGUGUUUACUGUUGUAUAACCGGUACCAGCACCGGAAAGCUCUCUCUAGACGCAGGCAAGUCAUGUUCGGCAACGGGACGGAGCUUACCGCAUUGAGAGUGGUGUCCGAUAACAUGAUGACCGAGUUCAAUCCGAAUUACGAGUUUGCCGGCAAUCUGUACAGCUUUAAGGACCUGCCGCAGAUUCCCCGCGACAGCAUCUCGCUAGUAAAGCCCCUGGGUCAAGGAGCCUUUGGCGAAGUGUUUCAAGGUGUGUACAAGUACAGGCGAAACGAGGAGCACCCAGUGGCCGUGAAGACGUUGCCAUCGUUAUCGACGUCUCAAGCCGAGGCUGAUUUCAUGAUGGAGGCACUCAUCAUGAGCAAGUUCAACCACCCGAAUAUCGUGCACUUUAUCGGUGUUUCGUUCGACAAGCAUCCGAGAUACAUCGUGCUGGAGCUAUUGGCUGGUGGCGACCUGAAGAACUUUCUGCGCGAAGAGAGGCCACGUCCUGAUCGGCCAACGGCACUGACUAUGCAAGAUCUGGUGACGUGUGCCUACGACGUGGCGAGCGGAUGCAAGUACAUGGAGGACGCUCGGUUCAUCCACAGAGACAUCGCCGCAAGAAACUGUCUUUUGACUUGUAAGGGCAGAGGGCGCAUCGUCAAGAUCGCCGACUUCGGGAUGGCCAGGGACAUUUACAGGAGCGAUUACUACAGAAAAGGCGGGAAAGCCAUGCUGCCCAUUAAAUGGAUGCCUCCGGAAAGCUUUCUCGACGGCAUUUUCACGACGAAAACCGACGUCUGGGCGUUUGGAGUUCUACUCUGGGAGAUCAUGUCCUUCGGGUACAUGCCGUACACCGGAUGUGCCAAUAGGGAGGUCAUGUCAAUGGUGACGACUGGCGGACGGCUGGAAAGACCGGCUGGAUGUCCGGAUCCCAUUUAUGGGAUAAUGACUCGGUGUUGGCAUCCUCAUCCCGAAGACAGACCAAGCUUUACGACCAUUGUCGAAAGGAUAGGCUACUGUCUGCAGGAUCCAGAUGUCUUGAACCAUCCAAUGCCGAACUACGACAUCUUGCCAGUCUGCGAGCGAGAAAUAACCAUAAUGAGGCCCGAUCCGGAAACAGAAUGUAUUAAUGUACAGACAAAUCUGGACGGUUACGUGCAACCGAGAACCGACUUUCGGGCUGUGUCUUAUCACGCAACGCCGGCUGAGCCGGCCGAGCCGGCCAAACCGGUCGAAUCGACCGAAUCGACCGAAUCGACCGAGUCGACCGAAUCGACCGAAUCGACCGAAUCGACCGAAUCGAGCGCGAUUCGAUCCUCGUCGAGACAACGCGUCCUGAACGACGAGGAGGCGCCCUUGGCGAGCCGAAGUCGACCAACGACCCGACCGAUCGACGAAGGUUCCGAAUUCGAGGACAGUCGGCAGGAGAAUCGGCCGGGAAACAGAGAGGAACCCGGGGCGAAGGAGCAGGUCUACGCGAACGACGGUCCUAGGGACGGAGAGUACCGCGAUCCCGUUCGCGUCAACGGGGAGGCGGACCCCAGGGCAGGCUCCAGCUCCGAUCCCACCACGAGUGCGAGCGCCAAUGGCAUUCCAAGGAAAGGACCGCUGAAAGCGACCCUGAGUCUGGACCCCAACGCUCUUCGCGAGAGGACGCAGAGUCGGCCGGGAGGGCCACGCUCGCGGGUCGAGCCCCUGGAGUCGUCAUCUGCCGGCAACGACCCCCGAAAAGUAACGGCCUCCUCUUCACCGAUUCCCGAUGACGGCACCGAGGAAGAACUUUCGGGUUAAUGUUACCAAAUAUUUCCGUUGGAGGAUUCCAUGGGGCACGAGUGGCCGAGAGAGGAGGAGUGCUCUUGCUGAGGGUCCGCCGCCGUCCGAUUUGACUCCGAGCGCGUCGAGGAGUCGGUGCCGCGGACGACGAUGGAAAACGGUGAGAACGGACUUUCGGUCCCGGGCGGGAUCUUUAAUCGCCCCUUUCUCUCCAUAUUCAGGCACCGAACUCUGCGAUUCGGGCCGAUCGGAGGGAUCGUGGACGAUGCGUAGGGAAGCUGUCGCGGAACCGCGAUGGUUCCUCCAACCGGCCUAUGAUGUUUGUAUAACGUACCUUUCCAAGAGAACCGACGAGCACGAGCUCAGCGAUCGCUAAUCUCGAAACUGUCGUUUCUGUCGUUUCUGUCGUUUCUGUCAGUGCAGCUGCAACGCCGCGGUAUUUAUUUCAAAAUUUACAUGGUAUUUAUAAUGUAUUUAUGUGUAAAAUAUCGAAACAUCCGUAGAGUGACUAUUUGUAAGAUUUAUGGGCAAGUUGUCCUUCGUGUAAAUAGUGUAUCGAGUAAAUUCAGUGUAUCGAGGAAAAGUA